AUGUCAAACCUUACAAAUCUUGAAUUUGUGAGACUUGAUAUAUCCGGGAAAAAUUACCUGUCGUGGGUACUGGAUGCUGAGAUGCAUCUAAAUGCAAAAGGUCUUGGUGAAACUAUAAAAGAAAAUAGUGAUGCGUCGAUGCAAGAUCGAGCAAAGGCGAUGAUUUUCAUUCGCCAUCACCUAGACCAAGGGUUAAAAGAUGAAUAUCUUACUGUGAAAGAACCCUGUCAACUCUGGAAAGAUCUGAAAGAAAGAUAUGAUCACCAGAAAACAGUAAUUCUCCCAAAAGCCCGUUAUGAUUGGCUUCACUUGCGAUUGCAAGAUUUCAAAACUGUGAGUGAAUAUAACUCUGUUAUGUUCAAAAUUACCUCUCAGUUGUUGCUAUGUGGAGAAAGAAUUACUGAUGAAGAUAUGCUUGAAAAAACAUUCUCCACAUUUCAUGCAUCAAAUGUGGUGCUGCAACAGCAAUAUAGAGAGAAAGGUUUUACCAAAUACUCUCAAUUGAUUUCAUGCCUUCUGGUGGCUGAACAAAAUAAUGAGCUGUUGUUGAAAAAUCACGAGUCACGCCCUACUGGCUCAAACCCAUUCCCUGAAGUGAAUGAGGUAUCAUUGUAUAAUGAAAAUACAAAGGGCAGUGGUCGUGGCCAUGGACGCAGUCGUCGUCAUGGAAAAUACCGUGGUAAAAAUCCCGGUCGUGGUCAAAAUCGUUAUGAUGGUCAAAACUUCAAAAAUAAAAGUUACCACCGAAAAGGGGAAAGUGCUGGUGCAAGAUAUGACAAGGAAAAGCGUGAAAAUUAUCCCAAGAAUGAAAGUAUAUGUUAUCGUUGUGGCAAGACUGGCCAUUGGGAACGCACUUGUCGUACAUCAAAUCACUUUGUGGAUCUCUAUCAAGCUUCCUUGAAAGGAAAAGAGAAAAAUAUAGAGUCCAACAAUGUUUUCAUGGAUAACGAUUUUGAUAUCACACAGCUGAAUGUGGAAGAUUUCAUUGAGCCAGUUGAACAUCAAGUCUGA